AAAAUAUGGAUGGAAGGCUAUCGUGGAUCGGAUGUUGAUGUCGGUUGCGGAAAUGCUGAUGUUGGGUGCGAAAAUAUUGGUUGGAUCGAAUAUUUAUGCUGGGUGCCGGAAAAUGAUUGGCAACGAUUGAGA